ACUUCCGGUGUCGAAGGUCCCACAAAAUGGCGCCGUCCAAGAAGAGACAUGCUAGUGACCAGACCUGUGUCAUUCCUGGGGGAUUUACAGUGUUGCCGUUGCAGUUCAGCGCCGACAGCGCCGCGCAGCACGACCUGUACGUGAAGGAGCACAAAGUGCGAGCUGCCACGGGCUCGCACAGACCGCUGGACCGGACUCUGUUUGUCCUCAACGUGCCCCCGUACUGCUCACAGGCCACCGUCAGAGAGCUGUUCUCGAGGUUCGGCGGUGUCCAGUCCGUGGAGCUGAGAGACCACCCAGGCUCCUUCCAGGAGUCCGGACCCGAGCUGACCGAGUUCUUCAAACCAGCCGAGAAAAAGGGUUUCAAAGUCGGCUACGUUGUGUUUCAAAGCGCCUCCAGUUUGGCCGCAGCCAAGUCCCAUCCUCACGACGUGCCCCUGGUGGUCUGCACAGAGGGCCGUCCGGUGAGGACAGGAGUGCAGAAAUGGAUUCAGCAGUACGCGGAGUCUUUCAUUCAGCCGGAGGAACUGCAGCGAAUGGUCGACUCCUUUUUGGAGGACUACGACAAGCGGAAAGUAGAGGCAGAGGAGCGGCAAAAGAAGGAGGCUGAGCAGCAGGAAGAGGACGACGAGGGCUGGGUGAAAGUCACAAGAGGGCACAAUGGCGCCAAGGCCCGUCCCCACAGUGAGGCGGCCAACCGGAGGACUCUACAGAAAGAGAUCAGGAAGAAGAAGCGGAAGGAGCUCAUUAACUUCUACACCUGGCAGCACAAAAACACACAAAAAGAACAUAUUGCUGAACUGAGGAAAAAGUUUGAAGAGGACAAACAGAGAAUAGCUCUGCUGAGGGCACAGAGGAAGUUCAGACCUUACUGAGACAACUACCGACAUUUGUAUUUGCUGUAUUUGUGUUCUCUACAUUGUAAACCUGUUAUAUAAAAAGGAGCAUUUGAGUUGAUAAACCAUUAUUCCGACUAA